AUGGCAUCGAAACAGGUCACAGAUGCCAUAGCGACGGCGCAGUCGUCGCCCGAGCCAGCCGCAGCCUUCGAUUCACUUCUCAAGAGCUUGAAAGACACGUCGUCCCCGACAACAAUCUCGCCCGACUUUCGAGCGAUACUCGAUGCACUAUUCAGCGGCUCCAUCUCCAUCGUGGCUUUACGACAGCUGGUGACGAGUUUUGUCGCUGCUCUGAAGGACUUCAAGAACGCCGAGCUAUGGAUCGACGUCGGUAAAUACACGCUUGACGUCCUUGCUGCACAGCAAUCUACAUUCCACGACCAAGCAGCCGAGAUCAGACUUCUCAUCGCCGACGGCCAUGAGAGCAAUGAAGACAACCUCGAGGCCGCCAAGGCUCUGGCCGAGAUCCCCCUCGAUAGCGCUCAGAGGAAAGUCACCAACGAAGACCGCGCUCGCAUCUGGGUAAGGAUUGUGCGAAACUACCUCGAGGUAGACGACACCACAUCGGCCGAAUCAUACCUCAACAAGCUCAAGAACAUCAUCUACACAGUCAGCGAUCCUUCGCUAAAUCUACACUUUAAACUGUCCCAGGCCCGUAUCCAGGAUGCCAACCGCUCAUUCCUUUCAGCUUGUCAGGCAUACCAAGAUAUUAGCCUCUCCACUGCCAUCUCCGAGGAAGAGCGCUUGCUCACACUGAGUAUGGCUAUCAAGUGUGCCAUUCUUGCCCCGGCCGGUCCCCUGCGAAGCCGUGCAUUAGGCAGACUGUUCAAGGACGAGCGAUCAGCAAGCCUGGAAGAGUUUGGUAUUCUCGAGAAGAUGUUCUUUGAUCGACUGCUGGCUCCCGCCGAGGUCGACAAGUUCGCUCAGAGUCUGGCGCCACACCAACUUGCGACAACAUCCGACGGCUCUACCGUCCUGGCCAAGGCUGUGGUAGAGCACAACCUGCUGGGCAUUUCACGCCUCUACAGCAAUAUCGGCUUCGACGCUCUCGGCGUCCUCCUCGGCCUUUCGUCGGAGAAGGCCGAGGACACCACAGCCAAGAUGAUCGAGCAAGGUCGACUCGUCGGCAGGAUUGAUCAAAUCGAGGAGAUCAUCUGGUUUGAGGGAGGCGAGGCCUCGGGCGAGAAAGGCAGCGGUAGAGCAGAGGUGACUGUUGGUAAAGAAAUGCGCAGAUGGGACUCCAAUGUGCAGGGUUUGGCCGAGGAGGUCGAGAACAUUACCAAUGCUUUGCAAAACCAGUUCCCAGAUUUUGUUGUUGCGAACUUGGUGGUUUGA